UGCAUAUUUGUAGUGCAUAAUUAUUUACUUCAUUUCUUAUUGACAAUUUAUUGUUUGUGUUAAAAGACUGUACUAUUAACUCAUAAAAUAUAGCAUCAUGUCAAAAAGACUGAAUUCAAAAAGUUUGGAUAACGCUGCUUCUGAUGAAAACGUUGAAAAUCCACCAAAAAGACGCAGUGCAAGAUUGACAAGAAGUACCAAAUCUAUGGCAGACGGCACACCUUCACCAGAAAAAGUAGAGAAAAAAUUGCCAUUUAUUAAAUAUAAAGGAAAAAUAAAAUACUUUACUGAAGGAAAUGAAAUUGCAGAAGCCUCUGAUUUUGUCAUGCAAUGGGUUGACAAACAAACACAUUUAGAAGUGGUUCCACUGUCCUUUGAUAUGGAGUGGCCAUUUUCAUUCCAAACAGGACCGGGAAAAUCGUCUGUUAUACAAGUUUGUGUUGAAGAAAAUUGCUGUUAUGUGUUUCAUUUGACUAAUCUUAAAAAACUUCCAGCUGCUUUAAUGGCUUUGUUGAAGCAUCCCAAAGUUAGAUUACAUGGUGUGAACAUAAAGAAUGACUUUCGGAAAUUGGCACGAGAUUUUCCUGAAGUGAAUGCUGACAUCCUAAUUACGAAAUGCGUAGAUUUGGGAUUGUGGUGCAAUGAAGUUUGUGAAACUGGUGGCCGCUGGAGUCUUGAGCGUUUAGCAAAUUAUAUUGCUGAGAAGGCAAUGGAUAAAAGUAAAAAGGUACGCAUGAGUAAAUGGCAUGUAAUUCCGCUGGACGAGAAUCAGUUAAUGUACGCAGCUAUCGACGUUUAUAUUGGACAAGUUAUUUAUCGAGAGUUGGAAAGACGUGAAAAAAUUAAAAAAACCAAUGAAGAAGAGUUUUUAAGGAAAAAUGGAGAAACUGCAUUUAAAGCGGUAAAGGCGUUAGGAGAGACAUUCUUGAAUACUGAAAAUGAAAUUAAAAUUUAGUUAUUCUUAAAACAAUUAAAUUUUAUUUAAUUAUUUUACAGUUUUGUGUAUUCCACUAAAACUUUUUGUAGACGAAUUUUUUUGGGCUUCAGCCUCCUAGCGUAAUUAGUUUACAAUUUUUAACAUAUCG